CACCGCUAGCUUCGCUGUGCUCCCAGCCGGUGAGAAACUAACUGCGCUCAAACACGCCUUGUCACAGUGACUAGACCGCGAGUUUCUGACAUUUUUGAUUGUUAAACAGGGAGAUGGCGCUGCGUGCUUGUGGCUUCAUUGUGUUUCGUCGUCUAGCCAGUUGUGUCCCUCCACCGGACAACAUUGAGUACCUCCUCUUGCAGACCUCCUAUGGGGAACACCACUGGACCCCACCCAAAGGUCAUGUGGAUCCAGGUGAGGACGACCUCUCCACAGCUCUAAGAGAGACCAAGGAGGAGGCGGGGCUGGGGCCAGAGCACCUGCGGGUGAUUGAUGACUUUGUGCAGGAGCUGCGUUACGAGGUGCGAGGCAGACCCAAACAGGUGCUGUACUGGCUGGCCGAGCUGAGAGACCCAGGGACAGCGGUGGCUUUGUCUGACGAGCACCAGGACUACCGCUGGGCUCGGCUGGAGGAAGCCUGCACUCUGGCUCGGUACAAAGACCUGCAGGACACUCUGAGAGCAGCACACAGACACUUGGUUGCUCGACAGGACAAACAGUGAUGAACCAGAAAUUAGACUGUGCAAAUAGAAUGAUAUAAAGAACAGAGAUAACUGACAACUGGCAUAAGGGACCCUGAGAUCUUAUUUUGGUGGCGCACUCAAUGUGACAGUAUGUCUGCAGUUUGUAUGAUUGAUGGUUCUGUCUCUGUCAGGUUUAAAUUCUUUUCUCUACUGUCCACUGUAAGGCGAUAGAGACGAUACCCUUCUAUCGAGACAAAGGUGAGAAGGGUGGAAAUGAACCAAUGCUUUAAAAACCAGAUUGCUGAUUUAAUCUUAGUCACUGCACAGACACAUGGUUGUCUAUGCCUUUGAAUUUAAUAAAUCACAUGUAAUGAAAUUAAAUACAUUAAAAAAACCCAGAAAAAUACACAAAAAAAGGAGACAGACAUCCUCUUGUCCCACUGGAACAGCAUAAACCUGAUCAGGGAGAUAUGCUUUAAUACUGUUUUUAUCUGUCUGUAGUUGGAAUCAAGUGCAAUAAAAAUAAAUAUGUCAUAGGUUUUUUGUCUACCUGCAUAUUUCUAAAAUGAAUUCUGAAAAUAACUUGCUCAAGCACUUAGAUGACAGGAUAAAAAAAUAAAUUGUAAAUAGUGCUUGCUGCCACAGGGUGGAGACAAAAACAAGAAACCUUUACAACACAGGUGUACGUUUGCUACCAUAGAUGAGAAAAUACUGCAGGCUGCAGAAAUAACAUCCUUCCG